AGCAUCUACCUUCCGGUCCCACCCAAUCCGCUUCUCUCAGCUCUUCCCCUCCACUCCGCGAGUCCCCAACAACGGCGUCACUUCUCGCCACCGCCGCCGCCGCCGCCGCCGCCGACUAUGCUCCUCUGCCAACGAAUCAUCCCUCGCCUCCUCCUCCUUCCAUCCAGACCCACCUUAAAACCCCUCCUGUGCCCCUCUCGAAUCCCACCCUGCCGCCCCUUCUUGCCCCGCUCCGCUGCGCUCUCUCAGCUUGCGGUCCCCCAAACGUUAGACCGCUCCGAUGCCGAGGACCCCCGAACGGUAGACCACUCCGAUGCCGAGGGCUCCCGAACGGUAGACCACUCCGACAUCGAGGAGCCACUGGGGGAGGUGCAGGUACAGCUUCCGCUCGACCGGCUCUUCCUGCCACCGGGGGCGAACGUGACCCCCGGGGACGAGGAGGCCGUCACCGGGCGGGUCCUCAAGGGCUCCAACAUCGUGUUGGGCACGUACGCGCGCGGCGAUGCCCAGGUUGUUGCCGCGGAUUUUGUGAAGAGCAGCGUGCGACCCGAUGACUGUCCCAGGGAUGGGCUGCCUGAGUUCGCUCUCGUCGGCCGCUCCAACGUCGGCAAGUCGUCCCUGCUCAACUCGAUCGUCCGCCGCAAGCGUCUCGCGCUCACCUCCAAGAAGCCUGGCAAGACCCAAUGUAUCAAUCAUUUCAAAAUAAAUGACAGCUGGUACCUUGUUGACUUGCCUGGUUAUGGAUAUGCCUCUGCGCCACAGGAAGCUCGUAAAGAUUGGGAUGCAUUUACUAGAAAUUACUUCCUCAGCCGAGAUAAUUUGGUGUCGGUUUUUCUCCUUAUAGAUGCGAGUAUUCCUGCUAAGAAGAUUGAUCUUGACUAUGCUAGUUGGCUUGGUCAAAACAAGGUUCCCAUGACACUUGUGUUCACAAAAUGCGACAAACGCAAGAAGAAGAAAAAUGGUGGCAGGAGACCAGAAGAAAACGUAGAAUACUUCCAGAAUUUGAUCCGUGAAUAUUUUGAGGCAGCGCCUCCUUGGAUAAUGACGAGCAGCGUGACCAACCAAGGCAGAGAUGAAAUACUUCUGCACAUGUCUCAGCUCAGAAACUAUUGGCGCAAGCAUUAAGAUGGGAUAAUAGCAAUAGGACUGAAGCAACAGGAACUGCAAGCAAGCUGCUUUGAUGCAUUGGCACCUUUGCAAUCAGGCUUUCACCAACUAAUUUGCCUUUUGAGCUGUUGAUUGUCCACAAUUGCCCUAGUACAUGAUUACUCAAUCAACAGACUGGGUAUGCAGACAAGCCACUGAAAUCAACAACCCUGUUUUUUAUAUAUUUGUAUAACAGUACAAUCUCAACGUUUUCUCUUUGUUAUUUUCUGAUUAUAAGAUUGUGCAUUCUGUAUAUUAAAGUACUCCCGUGUCAACUAAUCAUCAUUGGGAAUCUCACAUUUUUGUUUGUUA